AUGACAGAACAAGUGAUUGCACAUAAUCCUACUGAUAUAGCAAAGAAUGUUAGCCAUUCCAAAACAGCAGAAAGAAAAGAAUCUUCCAAAAAAAAAAAAAAAGAAAAGAGUCUUCCGAAAAGAAGAAAAGAAUCUGCCAGAACCGGAAUCCGGAAUUCCAAAAAGACAUUAAAAUGGAAUGAACAUUCUAUUUGA